AUGGAGCUUCGCGUGGGGAAUAAAUACAGGCUGGGCCGAAAAAUCGGCAGCGGCUCCUUCGGAGACAUCUACUUGGGUGCCAACAUCGCUUCUGGGGAGGAGGUGGCCAUUAAGUUGGAAUGUGUGAAGACGAAGCACCCCCAGCUGCAUAUCGAGAGCAAGUUCUACAAGAUGAUGCAGGGAGGAGUGGGGAUCCCCUCUAUCAAGUGGUGCGGAGCCGAGGGGGACUACAACGUCAUGGUGAUGGAGCUGCUGGGCCCCAGCCUGGAAGACCUCUUCAAUUUCUGCUCCCGCAAGUUUAGCCUCAAGACCGUCCUUCUCUUGGCCGACCAGAUGAUCAGCCGCAUCGAGUAUAUCCAUUCUAAGAACUUCAUCCACCGAGAUGUGAAACCCGACAACUUCCUCAUGGGCCUGGGCAAGAAAGGAAACCUGGUAUAUAUCAUCGACUUUGGCCUGGCCAAGAAAUAUCGGGAUGCCCGCACCCACCAGCAUAUCCCCUACCGGGAAAACAAAAACCUGACUGGGACUGCCCGCUAUGCUUCCAUCAACACCCACUUGGGCAUCGAGCAAAGCCGCCGUGACGACCUGGAGAGUUUGGGUUACGUGCUCAUGUAUUUCAACCUGGGCUCCCUGCCCUGGCAGGGCCUCAAGGCAGCCACCAAGAGGCAGAAGUAUGAACGCAUUAGUGAGAAGAAGAUGUCCACACCCAUUGAGGUCCUUUGCAAAGGAUACCCCUCUGAAUUCUCCACAUACCUCAACUUCUGCCGCUCUCUCCGGUUCGAUGACAAGCCCGACUACUCCUACCUGCGCCAGCUCUUCCGUAACCUCUUCCAUCGCCAGGGCUUCUCCUAUGACUAUGUUUUUGACUGGAACAUGCUCAAAUUCGGUGCAGCCCGGAACCCCGAGGAUAUGGACCGAGAGCGGCGGGAGCACGAGAGAGAGGAGAGAAUGGGACAGCUGCGAGGGUCUGCUACGCGGGCCCUCCCCCCAGGACCCCCUGCUGGUGCCACUGCCAACCGCCUCCGCAAUGUGGCAGAACCCGUGGCUACCAACCCAGCCUCCCGCAUCCAGCAAGCUGGCAAUACUUCUCCCAGAGCGAUCUCACGGGUAGACCGGGAGAGGAAGGUGAGCAUGAGGCUACACCGCGGGGCCCCAGCCAACGUCUCUUCUUCCGACCUCACCGGACGCCAAGAGGUGUCCCGGAUUUCAGCAUCACAGACAAGCGUGCCAUUUGAUCACCUCGGGAAGUGAGGGGAAGACGCCACCGGACCAGUGUUUGCUUAGUGUCUUCACUCUAUUUUUCUUUUAAAAAAAUUUAAAAACACUUAAAAAAAAGAACAAAAAGAAAAUGAAAAAAAAAUCCCACAAAGCAGACAACAGAUUUUUGUUGCUGUCUGGGGUUUUUCUUUCUUUCCUUUCUUUCUUCUUCUUCUUCCUUUUUUUUUCUUUUUGCCAAUGGAGAAGAGACACGAAGCUCCCACUGCACCGAUCUCCGGCCCUGGUGUCUGCCUUCUUCCCCAGUCUGCCUUCUGCCCUCUAGACCCCACCGAGGGGCCCUUUUGGGAACGCCACCACUCACCCCUCCUGGAGCCUUGCCAAGCCCCUCCUUAUGCCUGCCCCGUCCCCCUGCACAGUGGUGGUGGUGGUGGGGCUCUCUCCUCCUCCUUCAAGCCCAGGCUCGGGAGUCUCCAGGGGUCAGAACCCCUCUGCCUUCCCACCACACACUCCUGUUCUCUGUGUCAAUGUUGAUCCCAACCUCCUCCGUGUCCAAGGAGCCAACCUCUGGAUGAAGAGGAAAAGGAAGGCGUGGAUGGACAGAAGCUGUCUGGAUUUCAUGUUGUUCUGUGAAAGUAAACUCAUGACACCCUCGAGGCCCUGACUCUGUCCAUGGGGGCUUGGGUUUCUUGGUUCGACAGGCCUCAAAGCCACAGAAGACUCCAGCUUUCAAGGGUCACUCGUGGGGCCACCGAGCUCAAGUCACUGGAUGCUUCCGUGGCAUCCCCUCGCCAUUCUCUUCUUAGCACUGAUGCAGGCGUUGGCCUGGGCUGAGUUGGAGGCCUGGGCCCACCUCUUUCUCUCCCUACCCCCUGGAGCCUGGCAGGGAAGGGAAGGCGGCUGUGA